AUGUCAUCCUCUCGUUCAUGGGGCCUCCUGCUGCUCACAGUCCUGACUCACCUGCUCUCAGCACCGGCGGUAACAGGUGCCAAGGAGAAGCCCAAGCCUGCUCAGGCACACCCAGAGCAUGCCGAGGAGCCUGCUUGCCAACACCUCCUCAGCCACCUCACCGACCUCUUCUUCUCCCUGUUCCGGGAGACAGCCCAGUCAUCAAAGGACAGCAACGUGAUGCUCUCCCCGCUGAGCCUCACGGCCGCCCUGGCCAUGCUCUUGGCAGGGAGCAGAGGUGACAGCCACACCCAGAUCCUGCAGAGCCUGGAGCUGCACCUCACAGAGACCAAUGAGACCCUGAUCCAAGCCUGCUUCCAGCACCUGCUGCAGACCUUCCAGCACGCACAGGGCCAGCUGACGGCUGGCAGCUUCCUGUUCGUGGAUCAGAGCGUGACGCCCAGGGACGCAUUCCUGGAGGACAUCAAGCAGCUGUCCCACCCGGAAGCCAUCACCAUCAACCUCAAUGACACCCCAGGCGCCAAGAUGCAGAUCAAUGCUUUUUUGAGAAGAGAAUCCAGAAACGAAAUCAGGGACUUGGUGGGAGACCUGGAGAACGGCACAACUCUUGCCCUGGUGGCAUACGCUUCCUUUCAUGGGAACCUGCAGGAUGAAUUCCACACAGAGAACAUGGUGGAAAAGAACUUCUUUGUGAACAAGAAGACCACACUCAGAGUGCCCACCAUCAACCGCCUGGGUGCAUUUGACCUCCACCGUGACGCCAGCUUGUCCAGCUGGGUACUGGUGCAGCACUACAUGGGCGACACUGUGGCCUUCUUCGUCCUGCCCGACCCAGAGAAGAUGGAACAGCUCGAGAGAGGAAUGACCAAGGAGCAGUUCAACAACCUUCUGAGAUCCUCAGGUGACAUCAGGCCUGCCAGCUUGUACUUCCCUAAAUUUUCCAUUUCUGGAACCUACCACCUGAAGCCCUUGCUGGGCAAACUAGGCAUCACCAAAGUCUUCAGCAACGAGGCCGACUUCUCGGGGAUCACGGAGCAGGCCCCUCUGAAGCUCUCCCAGGCCGUGCACAGGGCAGUGCUGACCACAGAGGAACAGGUGGUUAACACGGAGAAGAUGGUGCCCCUGAAGGAGGGUGAGGCCUUGAUCACCGAGAGUACGUAUCCAGAGGACGUGUGGUCCCCGCAGCCCAUCUCCAAGUUCAACAGUCCCUUCCUGGUCAUCCUCAAGGAUGACAACACCAACUUCCCCAUCUUCCUGGGGAAAGUGGUGAAUCCUACCCAACCCUGA